AUGGCUGCAACAACUCUUACCUCCAACGACGCGAAGGUGCUCAGUGCACUUUUCGACCCUGAAUCCUCGCCCUCCGCCUCUGUCAAGAUCACACCCUUGCCACAAAGCCUUCCGCGCACCUCCGAAGCCGAAUUGUCUUCGCUGCAGGGCAUCGAACGCGCAGCAAUACGGCCCCUCAACACUACCCAGCCCUCGCCCGAAAGCGCCGACGCUGCUAUUGCAGCAUUAAGCAAUCUCAUAGCUUCUCACCCUGACUACGCCUCCGCCUAUGCAAACCGAGCACAAGCAAUUCGGUUAAAGAUUGCCGACGAUGCAAUCUUCUCGCGUGAGAGUUCAAACUUGACCGAGGACCUAUUCGCGAAUCUCGCAAACACGAUCGCCCUGGCGACUCCCACCUCACCACAAGACGCCAUGUCUCCUCUUCAAGCGCGGCUCUUAGCAACAACUCACACACACCGAGGCUAUCUGCUGCUCAAGGCGGCGAAGGCGGCGCGAGAGGGGAAACUAGAAGGUGGACCAGCUGAGGUUCGCGGAGCCGGUCAAGACCAGUUGGAGGAGAUGGCGAGUCGAGAUUUCUUCUUCGGUGGUAGAUACGGCGAUAAAGUGGCGCAGCAGUUGGCUGUCAAGACGAACCCAUAUGCAAAAAUGUGCGGGGCUAUCGUGAAGGAGGCUAUGAGAAAGGAAAUUGCGGAGGCUAUGCCAAGGAUAGAAAUCCCAAACAAGGCAGAGUAA